AUGGACCGAGAACUGAGCGAAGAGGAGCUGCAGGAUUUGUUCGCAUGGAUAGAUAAAAUUCCUCUGUCGCGACCCAAGAGAAACAUCUCCAGAGACUUCAGCGACGGAGUUAUGGCUGCUGAGGUGGUCAAAUAUUUUUUCCCAAAGCUUGUUGACCUGCACAACUAUAUUCCUGCAAACUCCACACAGCAGAAAGUCAGCAACUGGACCCUCCUCAACAGAAAGGUCUUCUCCAAGCUGGACUUCAACGUGCCUGAAGCGACUGUACGGAAGAUUGCGCUGAGCACCGCAGGAGCAGUGGUGCCUGUACUGAGCGUUCUCAGGGAGAGGAUAGACACAAAACUGGAGGACAACUCUGACAACACACUGGAAUUAAAAUACUAUGACACCAGGAACCAGGAGAAAAACUUUAAAGAUAUUCAUCAGAGUGAAGCGAUGAUUCUGACUCAGCUGGAGGAGAUGAAAAAGCAUGAAAAGAACAGGCAGAAAAUGAGAAAAGAGCAAAGCACUGCCGCUAUUUUCUCAGAUACAGAUCCUGCUUUCAGAGACAUCCUACAGGAAAAAGAGCAAACUGUUAUUGCUCUGCAGGAGACUGUGGAGAUUUUGCAGAUGAAAGUCAGCAGGUUAGAGCAGCUGCUUCACUUGAAGGACAUGAGGAUUGAAGAUCUGAGGCGGCAUCUUGAAGCGUACAAAGCAAGAGGCAACGCAUACUGA